AUGACGCAGCGACACCCUGCCCCGCACGCGGCGGCCCCGCUACGGACGGAGCAUAUAAAAGGCGUCGACGCUAAAAUUAAACGAUUGCAGAAGUAUAAAAGUCAGUGGGAAAUCGAACAUGGUGAUUGGUUAAUUAAUGAUCCACUAAACGAAUAUAAUGGAAAAUGCAAAUUAUGUGGAAUUACAUUUACAGUAGCCUCAGCAGGAAUAGGACAAAUUAAACAACACCAGCAGACCAAACAACACAAAUCAAAAGUAGAAAUGAGGAGAACAACUGGACUAAUUGACAAAUUUCUUGACUCUUCUUCUGCUUCCACAUCUUCUCGAUACAGUGAUAAAGAAAAUAUUGUUGCAUCCGAGUUAGCCCUAACAUAUCACACAGUAAAACAUAAUUUGUCCUACAAUAGCAUGGAUUGUACUAUAAAAUUGAAUAAAAUGAUUUAUGUCGAUUCAUCUACAGCUACAGCAAUUCGUCUAGCUAGAACAAAAAUGGAAGCACUAGUUACAGAGGUGUUAGGCCCAUAUUCUUUACAAAAUGUAAUAGAUGCUAUCAAUACAGACAAUUUGUUUUACUGCUUACAAACAGAUGCUUCAAACAAAAAAAAUAUAAAACUACGCUAG